AUGGAACCUGACAUCCGGAAGGAGGAAGCUGCAAGCACGAAAGGGGAAAUCAAGAAGGACGAGCGGGUGGCAGUCCUGGCUACAGCAGAGCUGCCUGCAAAAUUGGUUGAUCUGGCAGCCAUUAACCUGACCGAGCUGGUAAAUGGAAUGUUAAAUUCUGCUCUCAAAGGUACCAAAAAGCUCUUCUCGUUGUUGAGCAUCACCUCUUAUAGUUCAUAUGCCUUCCACAAGGUCUCCAUCGUUGUCUACAACAUUUCCAACCUGAAAAAUAUCGACCCCACUAAAUUCCCCACCAGAUACUGCUAUUGCUUAAACAACAGGACAAAUGAUUUAACAGAUUUUACAGCUUUGCUGGUUGAUAUCAUUGGAAACUACACCAGCUCCCUAACAGAAAUUUUCAAGUCUACUUCCAUUCUCUCAGUGAGCCAGAGUAACGACACAGAUUGCGUCUAUAUCUGCGUCAUGUCAGGCCGCACAGGCAGAAAUCUAUCAGAUUUGUGGGAAGCAGUCGAGAAGUCCCCUGUUAUUAAUUACACAUUUUCUGGGAACAUGUCAGAUUUACUGGAUUUAGACUCCAUCCUCCCCAAUCUGAUUCCUUGGCGAGAAGAGGCUGAGAAGGUCCUAAAUUAUACGGCGCAAGGGGCGUGGACGUUGAAAACUACAAAGAUGCCGAUGAGGUCCCAGACCGUAUCCUCGAAAGGAGGAGAGUUGCUUCUGACACAACGUCCCACAAGGCUGAAGACUGUGAGUUCAAAAGGUCCGUAUGUCCAUGCUCCCUUGUGGCUGCAGUCUGAUGUCUGGAAGGGGCCUGAGGUUUCAUCAACUAAAACAGCUUCAGUGGGGCCUCCUCCUCCCCCUACCUCAGUAGAAGGCCGUGAUGUCUCACCAGGAGUACCAGUAGUGCCAACUCCAAAGAUGUCCAUCCAUCCUCAGACGAUUGCCCCCAAAGGUGAUGAGACCAUCCCGUCCAAAUUCACCACAUGGCGAAAGACCAUGGGCUCGAAGGGCUCAGAACCAUCCUCUUUCCAGGUGUCAUCAUGGCUGCAGGCAGGUGCUUCAAAAGAAUGGGAGGUUUCAUCAACAAAAGAGGUGCUUUCACCUGCACCUGUGACGAGCUAUGAUAUUCCACCUGGAACACAGCCAGUUCCCACAACAGGAGUUCCUUUGCCGUUGGUUUCUCCUUCUACAGAACAAGGGCAGGAUUUAUUGAAGACAACUGAAGCAUCCGUGACUGUGGCACAGCCAACUUCUCCAAAAACAACUAGAGCGUCUCUACCAAUGCAGACAGGGAAUUCGGCUUUGCUCACGCUGUCGACAUCUCCACAAAAGACUGGCGUAUCACCGAAGGUGCAUUCCAGAUGUCCAAAGGCCCCCAAGAGAGAGACCGCUAUGCCCCUGCCUGCUGCUACUGCUGUGGCUCCUAAGAUGAACCCUUGCGUCAUGGAGCUGUGCAAAUUUUUUCAGCAGUGCCUCUGCAUGAGGCAAAGAAGAUACUCCAGGGAAGAAUCCAUGAGAUACUGCAUUGAAAACUAUUCCUGGUUCUUGAAAAAUGCAGCAUAUGUCUGUGAAAAAGUCAAACGGAUGUACUAUUCAAGCACAUUAAAGCAAAAAUGCCUCACAAGCAUUUGCAAAUCCAUUUAAAUCUCCAAGGCGAAUCGUCGUUCGCAAGAAGACUGG